AUGGAGGGCGCUGAUAUCCCAUCUCCGAGGUCCUGCCAACCUAAUGGAGCCAACAGAGAAGCCCUGCAGUACGAAAUCGAAGAGCUGAAACAGAAAGACCUUGCUCUAGACCAGGAAAUUGCACAAUUAUUGUCUGAAGGCUACAGCCUGGAGGAAUUGGAGAAGCACAUCUCUCUGCUCCAUGAGUAUAAUGAUAUUAAAGAUGCUGGACAGAUGCUGCUAGGCAAGCUGGCUGUUAUCCGAGGGGUUACUACAAAGCAGCUCUACCCUGAAUACGAUCUGGAGCUUAGCGACUAG